AAAGUUUAUAUCUUUUCGUAUAGGUGGCUGUUGACAGGUCUAUCUUUUUGGUGUGUUUUUGUUUUCAAAUUUCCAAUUUGAUUUGAACAAGACUUGUAUACCCAUUGUCUCUGAUCUGGCGAUUGAUCCAUUGUCCCUUUCUCAUACCCUUUUGUUCUUUUGUUUGGCCUUUGCGGUGCUUUUUGGACACUCAUCUUGUGUUUCAAAUUUUGAAACUAGAAUGGACCUGGUGGUCACACACACACAACUCACUGGUUCCUGGCCACGUCACUUGCCUUGCUGCAGUGCACAUUAGAUUUUGGUGGCAUUUGUAAUGGUGACUUUUCCAUUUAGCCUCGUGGCUUGUGCUCAUAUUCCCCUAAACUUUAUUGGCUUUACACUUAAAAAAUUUGAAAGUUGGAGAACGUUAGCUUUUCUGUCAACAGUGCACAUGCUCAGGUAUAGUACAUGAUUUUGACCUUUGCAUUCAAAACUAGAGGUAGUAGAUGUAACUCUAGACCAGACACUAGAGUGGCAAUGUGCCAUACCCUUGUGGCUAACUCGUGUUGCAAAUUCAAAUUCUGUUUUCAAAUUUAGCCCUGCACUAUUUAAUUUCCUUGUAACGUUUUAUCUUGCGUACCAGAAUUAUUUAUGGGGUUUGUCAGUGUUCCCUUUUAUGGUGUCAUGGUUUGGUAACAUGUCCCUCUCUCUGUGCUCAAUUACUCAUCAACCAAGUUUGGAUAGGGUCUAUAUUAACCUCCUUUGUGGUACAUCCCAUUUGUCAAUCUUUUUACAAGUUGAAACUUAAUGGUUCUGAAGCUAUGGACUUGUGUAAACCCGAAUUAGAGGAGAGGAUGAAAGUGUUGACAAUGAGUACAACCGAAGAAGAAGAAAUUGGUGAUACUUUUGCUGAAAGAGCAGAAUCCUACUACCAAAAGAGACCCCAGCUACUGUCCCUUCUGCAGGACUUGUACAAUGGCUACAUAACCUUGUCUGAUCGUUACAUCCAAACACUGGCCAAACACAAGCAUCAUAGUAGACACUCUUCCCAAGUCUCAACUGUUGAUGAAGGCUUCUCUGACCAGGAAGAAACAAGUGGUGUGAGCCACGUUGAUUCAGAUAUUGAGAGCUCAAUCUCCUACCAACACCCUCCACACCUGGUGAUGCCUAUUUUUCUCUCUAAGAGCUCCAUGCUUGAUGUUGAUGCCGUUGUUGCCGAGCUUGUGGUCAGGAAUGUUGAAUAUGACUUGUUGAUGCACGAGGUUGGUGUCAUGGAGAGGAGGUAUUGCGAGUCCUCAAGAAAAAGUGAGCUACAAAAGAGUCUUCUUGAGGUGUUGGAAUCUGAAAGGAUUGUUCUGCUGAAUGAGAAUGCUAGUUUGAGUUACAGAAUCAACACUCUGGUGGAAGAGAACAAAGAGCUGGCAACUGAAUCAGUUUUCAUCAAGAGAAAAGCUGGUGAGCUGGCAAAGUGUGUGCUGAAGAUGAGGGAGGAUCAUAGGGUGUACAUGCUACACAGGAAAAUUGAAGAUCUUCAAGCACAGAUACAUGGCUUAGAGAAGAGGAACAAGGAGUAUUAUGAGAAACUUCUGAGAAGAGAUGGUCAAGAUGGUAACAAAGGGAAGAGUGGGGAGGGGAUAGCUUUGGAGGUUUGUGUUCAGAUGGAUAAGUUUAGGAGGUUCAAGUGGAAAGAUGGUAACUCUUCUAGGAAGAGAUUUGAUGGGAAGAAAUCCCCUAGUUUGUGGAAAAAGCUCAAGAACAUGGAUUUGUUAUUGUGUGGCACUAAUCCAACCUGUGCUUGAUGGUAGUUUUUUUUUGUGGAGUUCACAAAAGUUCUAUCAAAAUUUAUAUGCAUACUUUUUGGCACUUUAAAGUUAGCAGCAGUAGCUUACUAGGUUUACUUAUAAGCCAUGGUGUACAUUCCAACAUGAGGCCUUUCAACAUAGAAAUGCAUGAAGACCCUCUAGCUGAAUCCAUGACAAACUAAUUGUAGAUCGGUUAACAUCAUCUUUGUAAAAGCUAGAGUGUGUCUGUACCUUUGCCUCCACUAUUUAAGUUCAUCAAUUCUGCAAUAUUAUGUUAUUAGUUAA